AUGCGCUCGCGACAGACUCAAGUGUCCAUUCCGCAUUCCGAGAACUGGGACAUCCAGGCUCCCAGCGGAGAGCACUAUAUCAUCCAGAUAUCAUGGCCACUACACUGGACAGACAGGGAUCUAUCAGCCAAGAAACAAGCACCGGUUAUAUACAUUGUGGAUGGAAAUGCGCUGUUCAUGACGGCAACAGAGGCCGCCUGGCGUCGAGCCACUGGGCCACACUACUCAGGAGGGGGCAUCGUCGUCGCAAUUGGAUACCCUCUUGAAGGACAAGUCUAUGACAAGCGGCGUCGGGCAUUUGACAUGACGCCACCGUGUCCCGGUUCGACGGCAGAGUUUGGAGGAGCCAACGCCUUUCUAGACUUUAUUCGGCAGGACGUGCGAGAGCUUGUAUCAUCGAGGUUUCCGCAACUUACUAUCACCCGGGAAGCUCUGUUUGGGCAUUCCUACGGGGGUCUCUUCGUGUUGCAUGCUCUUUUCGCAAGCGCUUCCCUUUUUGACUGCUACAUGGCCAGUAGUCCUUCACUCGAGUGGGCUGACUAUUAUAUCCCGAGGGAGGAGAAGGGAUAUACUGAGAAGUCUGAUCUGGCUACCCCUAGUCUUAUGAUGUUCUUUGGGUCCUACGAGCAAGACCCCCCUCGGUGGCAUGGCGAGACCCAAGAGCAUUACGACGAGCGAAAGGCUGUGGCAGCGGCGCGGGGGACGGGAGAUAAUAUCAAGAAGAUGCGGAAAAGGCUACAGGAUAGCGAGAAACUCUCUGCGGUAACUUUGAAUGAGUACGAGGGAGAGGACCAUGGUAGUGUUAUGGCUUGCGCGCUGAGUCGCGCUCUGACAACAUUUUUCGAGGAAUGGCCGCUGGAUGGAAAUUAA